AUGACAAAGAGGGACGGAAGCUUGCAUUCUCUCCGGGUACGACGCGGGUUGCCGGGCGCAACCAGUGUGUUCCUGGCAAGUUGUACCCUUGCAACUUUCCUUGUUGUGGCCGCCGAUGCGAAAGGGAAAGCAUAUCUUCAUGCAGCUUCGACUUCGUCACGCGGAUCCGACGCCGCGAAGGCGGUGGUCUGCGUCGAGGGGGCGUUGCACCGGACUUUCCCGAAAUCGUUGCAGUCCAUAGCGGUCAAUGCCGUCGAUGCGUUGCAAGCCGACGUCGUGGUGGUCGCUGCUGUGAGCGAAGCUACCCGCGAUUUCGUUCUUCAGGACGUCCAAGAAAUCAUUUUAACGCAUGGAAGAGGAGAUGACGAACGGACGCCGGCGGUCGAAGAUUUUUAUCUUCGCGAUCGCCACGACGAGAUCAAGGAGCCCUCAUAUGAAGAUGCGUUCCAGGCCUAUGCGGGGGAGUAUUUUUCGUAUUUUUUCGGCCCACGACUGCGCGCGGUGGACACUGUACUCGAAUUUGAAAGCGUCGGAAGCCCUGCGGGCGAACCAACUACAACAUCAAAGCAGGCGAGGACUGAAAAAAUUCGCGAACAAUUGCGCACAACAAGCAGCGCAAGAACGCACAAAAUAAAGUUCUUUCGUGCAGCCGCACGCAAACACGCAGCGGAGCCGUUGUACCACAGUGCCGCGCGCUGGCGUCACCGGAGUUCGGCGCUUUUUCCAAAAAAGGUGCAGCAGCUGAAGCAAAUCGACCGGCAGCGCGACAAAGUGCUCACCGAGAUCCAUCCGCAAGUCUACGAAGACGUGUUUUCCGGCGACGGGGCUGCCGCCCGGGGUAACUUCCGCUACGACCUCCUCAACCACCACAACAAGGCACGGUGUGCAGCGCUGAUUCGUGCGCAGCGACGCACGUAUGACUGGGUUGUGUUCACACGGAACGACUUAUUCUGGGCAUUCCCCCACCCUCCAGCGAAGAUGCUGGAGUCCCAAGUCGCCGACAGCUUUGCGCGACCGGCCUCUCGUGCGCAGUAUGCGGUGUGGAAUCGGGCGCGACCAAAAGUCGACCUCUGGGUUCCUAUGUGCGCAGAUUACGGCGGCCUUCAGGACCGAACGGCCACCGUACGGUUCGCGCACCUGGACAAGUAUUUCGACCGCUUUCAGGAUCGUGGUCCAUUUCGCGGCCACUUCGGCAGCGUAUUACAAUUUCCUUUCGAGUUGCUUCGCGAAAGACUACUCCAAUUAGUUGACGGUGCACGGCAAGAAAUGAAGCAGGAGGGGCUGGGAUCUGCACCACACCAACAUCAUGAAUUACAUCCUCGUCUCCGCGAAGAUGUGAAGGAGCAACCAGGCAGCUCUCGCGUCGCUCUAGCCAAACUUUCUGCUAUGGUUUCGGAAACAUUGUUCCGGAUGUGGCAGCUCUGGGUGCUGCAGCGAGACGCGAAUACGCGCCUAGCGGCGGAGCUGGUAGUCAGCCGGAUUGUUGAGUACUACCAGCUCGUUGUAGGACGCUACGAGUGCACGCAAUUUCUCCUUGACAGCCGAAUCGACCGCCGCCGUCGAGAAGCUUCGAGUAAAAUGAACGGCUCACAACUCUCCGACCAAGAGCAAGAGAUGUCGAAAUCUCAGGAACGCGACAGCCGACUUUACGUCCGGGGAGCGACGACGGCUGACAUUUACAUCAAUCCCGACAUCGUCUACCUCAUUUCGCAAGCUUUUUCUGCUGGAGGAAAAGAUAAGACUGAUUAUAGUACCGGCGGGGGUUCCGCAUUGAAACAAGCUGAAGCAACUGAAGAUUCGUUUUCAUCCCAAAUUCAUAGAUUGAUGGUGGCUCCUAAAAUAUCCGCUAAGAGCAGUCAGCAGGUUACUAACAACGAUUUUUGGUUUGUACAUCCUGAACCGGUAGCGCAGGAAAAGUGUGCUUGGCAGUACCAAAACUUCUACCCGCGCCUGGGCCCCAGAGACGAGUAUGCCAAGAAGCGCAUGCUGUGCUCGGUGCACGUGCGUCGGGACUAUUACGACCGCGCCCGCGAACUUCAUCACCAGGUGUUUCAUCUGGCAGAAAAAAGCCAGGCGUCUGACAAUCUUCAGAAGAAAACGUCAACUAGUAGAGCUGCGAGUGCAAGCGAUUCCACCCCGCCAUUUGUGAAGUUUACAGGAGCGCUGGGUCGUGCAGCAAACGUGGUUUUGCCAUUGCUUCAGCAGAAUUCUGACGAGGCAGCACCCACAACGUCCAGCAGUCAUCAAGGAGGUGUUGCUCCCCUUGAUGAGGAGCAGCUCCUCGUUGGACUUAUAACCGCCUUCCGGUUGAACAACACGAAAGCACUGGGGGAGCGGGGGUGGCUUGCUGGCGGCCAUCCCACACGGAGGCAACGCCCGCUGGUGUCCGCAGAAGUAGACGACGAAGUGAAUACCGGCGUGUUUGACUGCAGCGCGGAGCUGGGACCCACCAGGUAUGCUCAGGCAACUUGGGAAACGUACUUUCGGAAUCUCAGUGCCCACUUCUUCGAUCCGCAGGUAGACCACGAAAAUUUUUCGCACGGCUUCGCGUGUCGGCGGCUCCGGAUGAGUGGCGUCUUAAGGAUCGACCCAACGAGGUUGGAUGUCCUAUACCGCCUGCAGGCCCACCGGCGUGACCGAGAAAGCAAUCGGAACGUCACACUGUGGUCCUCUGCAAUACUGGCGCAGCAAGUUAUCGAGAGCGGCGCGGCGGCGGCCUCCAAUCAUCGUCGCCGCUCCUAUGACGUUGCAGCGCAUACACGUGAGGACGCGAUUUCCGCGCGCCGUGUCCCCUGCAUUUUCUUCGAUGACACGUGGUGCGGUCGCGAGAUGCUUAAUGACACCGCGCAGCAAUUCGUCAACUUAUAUUAG